ACUGCCAGGUGUGGGCUCUGGAGCCCCAAAGUCUGGUCCUAUUCCAUUUUUUAGCUUUGUGAUCGUGGGGCUACACUUCCUGCCUCAGUUUCCCAAUCUGCACAGUGAGGGCAAUACUAAUAUUUGCCUUCUGAGGCAUUUCAUGAGGAAUUAGGCUCUAAUGAAGGAAUCUGUGUAAUCGCUGAGAAGAGCUCCUAGGCCGAGGCAAGCGCUGGGUGCCAGCUAUGGUUAGGAGGACGGUGCCCUCGGGCACAGGGCCCUGUCUGCAGUCACGUGAUGGUUUCUUCUCUUAUGCCCAGUUCCGCCUGGUGGUGAAGACGGCCCUGAAGCUGCUGCUCGUCUUUGUGGAGUACUCGGAGUCCAACGCCCCUCUUCUCAUUCAGGCUGUCUCUGCCGUUGACACAAAAAGAGGUGUCACGCCCUGGUCAAAUGUCAUGGAAAUCCUGGAGGAAAAGGAUGGAGUUGACACGGAGCUGCUGGUUUAUGCGAUGACUUUAGUGAACAAGACAUUAUCGGGAUUGCCAGACCAAGACACCUUCUACGAUGUCGUGGACUGCCUGGAGGAGCUGGGCAUCGCUGCCGUGUCCCAGAGGCACUUGAGCAAGAAAGGGACUGACCUGGACUUGGUGGAGCAACUGAACAUUUACGAGGUGGCGCUCAGGCACGAGGAUGGCGAUGAGACAGCGGAGCCGCCCCCCAGCGGGUGCCGGGACCGGAGGAGGGCCAGCGUGUGUUCCAGCAGCGGGGGCGAGCACCGCGGUCUGGACCGCAGGCGGAGUCGCAGGCACUCGGUGCAGAGCGUCAAGAGUCCCCUGUCCGCUCCCACCAGUCCCUGCUCCCAGUCGGCUCCCAGCUUCAAGUUGGGCCAAGUGCAGAAUCUCCGUGAAAAGGAUGAGGAGGAGGAGGAGGAAGAGCAGGAAGAGGAGCAACCAGUCACGGAGCCCAAUUCAGAGGAAGAGAGAGAGGACGAUGCCCCCUGUCAGGGCAAGGACAGCGAGGCCAGCCCUGCCUCAGAGCAGAGCCCUCCUGGAAAGGACGCUGCUCCCGAGAGUCCUGCCCUCCCAGCUGUCUCCAACGCCACGUCGAAGGGAAAGCCGCUUCCAGCCGGCAGUGCAGGGGGGAACCCUCUGUGCAGGGGGUCUUCUGCGCCUGAAGCCACCCGGCCUGGCCUCCUGCUGCCCCCUGCCCCUGCCCGGGCUGGGAGGCCCUCCUCCACCACGCCUGCCUCCCUGAAGUCGUCACCGACCAUAGACAAGCUGCCCUACGUGCCCCACAGCCCCUUCCACCUCUUCUCCUAUGACUUUGAGGACUCUCCCUUAUCCAGCAAGGAAAAGGAAGCAGAGUCCCAGAAGGAAAACAGUUCUCCGGAUUCUGUCCCUGUGAGCACAUAUUCUGCCUCUGAGCCCUACAACUUCCGGUCUUUCUCUUCUAAUAGAUACAGCAACUUUGGCAACAGCUCUUACCACUCCUCAAGACCCCCAUCUGGAACCAGUGUGCCCACCACCCCCACGUCGUCUCUCCCACCCCCACCGGAGGCCAGGCUGGAAAGGUCAUCACUGAGUGGUCUUGUCACGUCAUCCUUUAGGCAGCACCAAGAGUCACUGGCUGCAGAGAGAGAGAGGCGGCGGCAGGAGAGAGAAGAAAGGUUGCAGAGAAUAGAACGGGAAGAAAGAAACAAAUUCAGCCGAGAAUAUUUAGACAAAAGAGAGGAGCAAAGACAAGCAAGAGAAGAAAGAUACAAAUACUUGGAACAGUUGGCAGCUGAGGCGCACGAGAAGGAGCAGAGAAGCCGGGGCAGAGCCGACCUCUCCUUGGACCUGACCUCACCGGCAGCUCCCGCCUCCCCCGCCCCUCGGAGCCACAGCCCUUCAUCUUUAGACUCACAAGAGGCUCUUACGGUAUCAUCCUCCUCCCCAGGACCACCUCAGCAUCCCCCAGCCAGUGCCGGGCAUCCUGAGGCUGAACCAGAGGCAGAACCAGGACCGGAGGCAGAGGCGGGGCAGGUUGCCGAUGAAGCCAGCCAGGACAUAGCUGGUGCCCACGGGGGCGUGGAGAGCGAGGUGGAGCAGGCGUUGGAGCCGGAAGAAAGAGCCUCCCUCAGUGAAAAAGAGAGGCAGAACGAGGGGGUGAACGAGCGCGACAACUGCUCCGCCUCCAGCAUCUCGUCCUCCAGCAGCACGUUGGAGAGGGAGGAGAAGGAGGACAAGCUCUCCGGGGACAGGGCGACUGGUUUGUGGUCCGCGGGGGUCCAGGAUGCGGGUGUAAAUGGACAGUGUGGCGACAUCCUCACCAGCAAACGGUUCAUGCUGGACAUGCUGUAUGCCCAUAACAGAAAGUCCCCAGGGGACGGCGAGGCCACAAGGACCCAGCAGGAGGCAGAGGCGGUCACCAGCCUCGCCACCAGGGUUUCCACCCUGCAGGCCAACUCGCAGGCCCAGGAUGAGAGCAUCAGAAGGGUGGACGUUGGCUGUUUGGACAAUCGGGGCAGCGUGAAAGCAUUUGCGGAGAAAUUCAACAGUGGGGACCUGGGGAGAGGGUCCAUCUCCCCUGAUGCUGAGCCCAAUGACAAGGUCUCGGAGACAGCACCGGCACAGCUAAAGACAGAGGCUGAUUACAUCUGGGACCAGCUCAUGGCCAACCCGAGGGAACUCAGAAUCCAAGACAUGGAUUUCACCGACCUGGGAGAGGAGGACGACAUCGAUGUCCUGGACGUGGACCUGGGUCACAGGGAGGCCCCCGGGCCACCUCCCCCACCCCCACCCACCUUCCUGGGUCUGCCGCCCCCACCCCCUCCCCCCCUGUUGGACAGCGUGCCUCCCCCUCCCAUCCCCGGUAAUUUAUUGGCCCCUCCUCCUCCAGUGUUCAACGCUCCUCAGGGCUUAGGGUGGUCCCAGGUACCCAGGGGUCAGCCCACGUUCACCAAGAAAAAGAAGACCAUCCGUCUGUUCUGGAAUGAAGUCCGGCCUUUUGAGUGGCCGUGUAAAAACAACCGACGCUGCAGAGAAUUCCUGUGGUCAAAACUGGAACCCAUUAAGGUGGACACUUCCAGACUGGAGCACCUGUUUGAGUCUAAAUCCAAGGAACUGUCUGUCACAAAGAAAACUGCAGCAGACGGAAAAAGGCAAGAGAUCAUUGUUCUGGACUCCAAGAGGAGCAAUGCCAUCAAUAUCGGUCUGACCGUGCUGCCCCCUCCGAGGACGAUUAAGAUCGCCAUUCUGAAUUUCGAUGAAUACGCCUUAAACAAAGAAGGAAUUGAGAAAAUUCUGACCAUGAUUCCCACCGAGGAGGAGAAGCAGAAAAUCCAGGAAGCGCAGCUGGCCAACCCCGAAGUGCCCCUGGGCAGCGCCGAGCAGUUCCUCCUCACGCUGUCCUCCAUCAGCGAGCUCUCUGCUCGGCUCCACCUCUGGGCGUUCAAAAUGGAUUACGAAACCACAGAGAAGGAAGUGGCAGAACCACUUUUGGACCUGAAGGAAGGAAUAGACCAGUUGGAGAACAAUAAAACCUUGGGCUUUAUCCUGUCCACCCUCUUAGCCAUUGGGAACUUUCUAAAUGGAACGAAUGCCAAAGCGUUUGAGUUAAGCUACCUCGAGAAGGUUCCAGAAGUCAAAGACACAGUGCACAAGCAGUCGCUUCUCCACCACGUGUGCACCAUGGUGGUGGAAAACUUCCCAGACAGCUCCGAUCUGUACUCGGAGAUUGGGGCCAUCACCAGGUCGGCCAAGGUUGACUUUGAUCAACUUCAGGAUAAUUUAUGUCAGAUGGAGAGAAGAUGCAAAGCUUCGUGGGAUCACCUCAAGGCAAUUGCAAAACAUGAAAUGAAACCCGUUUUAAAACAACGGAUGUCAGAGUUCCUAAAAGACUGUGCAGAGCGAAUUAUAAUUUUAAAGAUUGUCCAUAGAAGAAUAAUUAACAGGUUCCACUCCUUUUUGCUCUUCAUGGGCCAUCCACCUUACGCGAUUCGGGAAGUGAACAUAAACAAGUUCUGCAGGAUCAUUAGUGAAUUUGCACUAGAGUAUCGCACCACCAGGGAAAGGGUUUUGCAGCAAAAGCAGAAACGGGCCAACCACAGAGAGAGAAAUAAGACCAGAGGGAAGAUGAUCACUGAUACUGAUGACGAGGAUGAAGUUGAGUCCGGCAAGUUCUCUGGCAGCUCUCCGGCGCCACCGAGCCAGCCGCAGGGUCUGAGCUACGCUGAGGAUGCGGCAGAGCAUGAGAACAUGAAGGCUGUGCUGAAAACCUCUUCCCCUUCCGUGGAGGACGCCACGCCCGUGCUGGGCAUCCGCACUCGCAGCAGAGCGAGCCGAGGAUCCACUGGUUCCUGGACUAUGGGAACCGAUGACUCACCUAACGUCACCGACGAUGCAGCCGAUGAGAUCAUGGACCGCAUCGUCAAGUCGGCCACCCAAGUGCCCAGUCAGCGAGUGGUGCCGAGGGAGAGGAAGCGAUCCCGGGCCAACCGGAAAUCUCUGCGAAGGACCCUGAAGAGCGGCCUGACUCCAGAAGAAGCCAGAGCCCUGGGCUUGGUCGGCACAUCGGAGUUGCAGCUCUGACACUUGUGGGGCACCCCAAGAAAUGUGCUGAGCAGAGGGCAAGCUCUUGCUGGACAGAACUCCUCCCGUGGGAGUGAGGGAGACCUGACUGUAACAUGUGAUGCUUCAGAAAGGGAGUGCUCGAUUGUAGGUGUCACCACAUGGCUUGUGGUGCCCGCUACGCAUUGACUUGGAUCCCCAGGAGUGUCCUGCACAUAAUUUCUCCAUCGUGUCAGCUGUGUUCCUCUUGAUUCCUUGAUACCUGGUUUAUUUGUUCCAAAGUGUGACACCUUUUCUGGGCAAGGAACAGCCCCUCCAAGGAGCAAAUCACUUCUGUCACAGUUAUUAUGGUAAUAUGAGGCAAUUUGAUUAGAUUCACAGACUGGUUCUCCACAACACCAAAAUAUCUGGAUGUAAACUCCAAACUUGUACACAAAAGAAAGCACAGAUUGUUUACCAGUUGUGGAUUUUAGAUGUACUAAAUGUUUAUACAAAUACGUAAAUGUACACCAUGUUUCAAAUACUAAAUAAAUAGAGUUUAAUGCCAUAA